UGGCCUUUUUGAAUGGAGUGUGCCAGAUGUGAGUAAUGCAGGGAGCUUGGAAGUCUAAAAAGUCUUUCUCUCUCUGUCUCUCUCUCUUUCUUUCUCUCUCUGUCUCUCUCUCUGUUAGACAGGCAUGUGAAGCACAUGCAGACUGAAUUAACUGACUACACCACCUGAACCAAGAACUGAAUCACACUCUUUCUCUCCGGCUCCUAUUUUCUUUCUUUUUGUUUUUCACAGUCGUCAUGUCAGACAGAUAAAUCAACACUCGGAUACAAUUACAGCUGAAGGGAUACACUCAGAAGUCUUGGGGAAUACUGUCUUUGAAGAAUGCAGAGCAGUCUAUCAAAGAAGCUACUGGUUUCAAGUCUUUGCAUACUGGUGCUAUGGUCAGGAGCUGGAAACAUGUGGAAAUUACGAAAAAGGGGUCUGCACCAAAAACCUGCAGAUAAAUACGAUGAUUACGAAUAUCCAAACCAGCCGCAGUCGGUGCAGUAUCAGAAGAACGACCGCUGCCCCCCGCCACCUCAAAUGCUGCCGGAGCGUGCCUGCGAGGUACCCAGCUGCAGGUCCGACUCUGAGUGUGAGCGACACAAGCGCUGCUGCUACAACGGCUGCAUCUACGCCUGCCUGGAGUCCGUGCAGCCACCUCCGGUUCUUGAUUGGCUCGUGCAGCCUAAACCCCGGUGGCUUGGAGGAAACGGGUGGCUAUUGGACGGCCCAGAAGAAGUGCUUCAGGCCGAAGCCUGCAGCACCACAGAGGAUGGGGACGAGCCCCUGCAAUGCCCCACGGGGUACGAGUGUCACAUCAUCAGCCCUGGGAACCCUGCAGCUGGGAUUCCCAACAGGGGGCAGUGCAUCAAGCAGCGCGGAAACUCAGAUGGACGCAGCUUACGACAUAAAUACUUUAAAGAUUACAAAGAUUAUCUGGGGUAUCCGAAAAUGAGGGUAAAACCACUCCAAGCAAAUGUCUAGAUCGCUCAGUUCCAGAGAACGCAUGAUAGCAAGGAACCAUCCUGCUGAAUACGGAAAAACGACAGCUCUUUUUACAGAGACUCACACAGCAAAGGGUUUUUAGAUCUGAAAAUACUAUCUUUAUACAUGAACUUGCAGGGAUCAACACAAGCACGUAGUAAACCGGAGUUAUUUACUUUUAGUAGCCUGGUAGAACUCUUCUCAGGAGUUUCUAGGUACCCCGAAGGGGGAGGGGAUGUAUGACAAUGAGUUUACAGUGCUUUCAGUUCUUAAGAAACACAAAUAAGCUAUUUUGAGUACAGUUUACUUGGGCUUUCAAGUCACCUUGGCCUUAAAGGGAGCAGAUUAUUUUGCUAUUUAGCAAUCAGUCUUCCUACCUCUGACUCAUAGUGAUAAGCUGUAUUCGCCAUCUCCCAUCAAAAUACAUGAGAUCUAACUAAAUGAAUAAUGCCACAACUUUUCUUAGUUUUUGUUCUUGCUGAAGCUAUAGGGAAUUUUAAUUGACUUUGAGCACAAGAAUACAGCACCCUCUCAUCACUUACAUUCAGAACUUUUUAAACAUUAAUUCAAAACAUGUAUUUUUUAAGUAACUAGUUAAUUGUAAUCAGAUUACAUAAAUGUAAUAUUGACAAGGACUUUUUCAGAGCCAAAAGUUAUGUAAAAUACUUAUGUAAGUUACUUCAGGUGGCAUUCUUUUUUUAUUUUACUAACUAGCAUAAAUACUAGUCAAUAAAAGUAACAGUAAAACUCACAUGAUAAAGGUUUCUUACUGUUUUUUAUUGUUAUUAUUGGCAAAAGUAUUAUGUAAUCAGUAAUAUGGUAUAUUACUUUAAUAAUGUAACAGGUUACUUUUUGGAGCCAGUAAUCAGUACUAUAUUUCAAAUUAAUAUAAACUAACCUGAUUUAACCCUUGCAUUGUGCAAGGUAUACUGGGCAAUCAACAAAGUGAUACAGACCUUUUUUUAAAAGUUUUAUUUCAGAUUAUUAUUUUUUUAGUAUAAUGUGCUCUCAUUAUUUUUCAUUUCGUGUUUCUCUUUUUAAAAAAUUGUUUAUUCAAAUUUGGACAAAACAACAACAAAAAAAGAUAAGGAUUAAUUUGGGGUUUGACCAAGUUCAGUUUUGCUGUUUCAGUGUUAGUAGUAUGAAACACAGGGUUAACUUUUUUUGGUGCACAUGAAAAUUUCAAAAUGAUAAAGCAAAUCAUUUUGAGGUAAUUUUCAAACACAGUUCAAAUUCGUUUUUAGUGCCUUUUUUGGUUGCAAAGACAUUCCAAAAUGUUUUAUGCUCUAUAUGUACCUGAAUUGACAUGGUAGCCAAUGCCUUGCAAUGCUUCAUCCUGUCAACAUUUCAGUUGUUUAAUGUUUAGUUCAACAAGGGCUCUUUGGAAAAGCUCAUUUAUACUCUAUACUCUGCACAAGCAUCUUCAAAUAAGAAGAGCUGUCAUACUCCACCCAUCUGUUUAUGAAGAUUAAACGGUGUGACUGCGUACACAAGAGGAAAUUAAAUUCAGACAGUUCUACUUUUUCUUAAUUCUACACAGAACAGUCCUGAGAGACCGUGUUCCUAUUAGAGUUACUUAGAACUCAACGGAAACCAAGUCAAUGUAAUGCUAAUAGAAACUAUGAAACAUGUGUUGCCUCUCUCUCAUCAGUCACUUUGAUGUAAGAAAUGUAUUAUAUUUAAUCAUGCCAUAGGAAAAAAAAAAAGGUUCCACAGAACUAAUGAAAGAGGACUGUAUUCUUCAUAGUUCUCAGAAGUGACAAUGGGUAUAAAGUCCUUUUAAACUGCCUUUUUUUUUUACCAACCAACAUUUUUAUAGUUAAUAAGGCAGAAGUUAAACAAUAAUCCUAAAAAGAUUUCUUACCUGUGAACUACAUAACUAACGGAUAACCUUGAAUACAGUGCUAUUAGUAAAAACGUUGUUUUAAUACUCAUUCCAUACCUCAAAAAAAAAAAAAAACACAUGGUGCUAGAUACUUGGGAAUUUUUAUUUCCAGAUUUUAAAAUUAGUACAAAUAUUUGAGGGAAAUUGUUUUAGGCAGCUGGCAUAUUAUAAAUCUUAAUUAAAAUUCACCACCACAGCAGAGAAGGGCCAAUGCCAGUGAUCACAGAUUGUGUUGCAACUUAAGAGCACGACUGUGCUUUGGGUGCUGUAUUGGGGCUUUGAAGGCCUCUGGUGCUUGUAUAUUGUGAUCGUAUCAGAGGUUUUUGUAUUUUAGUUUUUACAUAGAUAAUCGGUUAAGGUCAAAUCCUCAUUCGGUGCUGAAUCAUUCAAAUAUCACAGAUAGGAUUACCAUAUCUGUUUCUGAACUACAUCAUCCACCUUUAUGGCUCUUAAAGCACUCGAAGGCAAAACGCUAUAAUAUACAGAGUGGUAUAGCAGCAUUGUUCUGCAGUUACAAAAUUAACUGUUUCCAUCUGUGAAGAUAGAAAUAUAUAUUAAAACCAACAAAUGACGGUUUGACCUUGAUAGACACACUAUAUACAUGUGUCCAGUGUUGCUGUUAAACUAUUACAAAGUAGAUUUAAAUCUGUGUAUUUUAAAGUGUGCCACGGGUGCUGUAUGUAUGAUGCAAAGGUAUUUUAAAUAAAUGUACAGAUCACAAA